CUCAGUGUUGGUGCUAAUGGGACCAGUGCCGAUCUCUUUUUCGGCAGCCGUGGAUUUGGACAGUCGAAUUCGCUGCCUACAGCUGGAUCUGUAGGGGCCGCCAUCGCCAGGAGAAACCCGCGGCAGUUCCCGAUCCCGUCCCGCAACCUGCCCAGCUCCCGACUCGGAUUGCUGGGACCGAGCGGCCUGCUGGGGGCGACGCAGAGGGCGGCGUCCAGCAACCCGGCAUUGCUGAAACAAGGCAGGCAGAGUUUGUGGUUCGCUAACCCCGGAGGAAGCAACAGCAUGCCGAGCCGAUCCCACAGCUCUGUACAGAGAACCCGAUCACUGCCCGUCCACACCUCCCCGCAGACCAUGCUCAUGUUCCAACAGCCAGAUUUUCAGGUACCGGCAACAGAGCCAGAUAUCAAUAACCGGCUGGAAUCGUUGUGUCUGAGUAUGACGGAGCAUGCCUUGGGUGACGGCGUAGACAAGACCUCUACAAUCUAGGAGCAGAACAGUAUUUUGUGGCAGCGCUGGACGUAGCACACAGAACUGCUGGUCCGGUGUCUGGAAUUGCUGACUUUCUCUCCUCCCCCAGAUGUGCUAAACACAGUUUUGCCUUUUUUUUUUUUUUUGAUUAUUGUACCAAGAAGAGAAGAAAAAUGGAAAACGCCUAAGCUGUGCUUGCAAAAAAUGUAUAUUGUUAUUUUAUGGAGCGAAAAGUGAACUUUGAUGAUCGGUUUCCUGAAUGAAAAGCUUUAUGUUCGGAGCGGGAAACGCAUGACUGGAUGUGGACUGCCAGUGGGCACCGGCAUGUCUGGCCCAUUAACCGGGGGAUGAGACAUGUGACCAAACAAUGGCAUCAGGGGAGGUGAAAGGGGUUCUCCAGUAAGAUGUUGGACUCUUGCAUCUUGGGAAGGAGGGUGUUUCUGGGGGUGUACGGCGCUCAAGAUCAGAAAAUUACACAGGUGAGCCAAGGGCUGCGCUCGGUCCAGGACCCUUAUCUGUGAUCAGUCAAGCGUAAGAGGACCUCUUGUUAGAGCAGCCGCUGCCAUUGGAGCCUCUUUGGGGGGCAACUGCUGCCAUGGG